AUGAAAAAAACAACCCAGAGUUGCUUCUUAUUCAUCAUCCUUCUAACUAGAAUUGUUCCAAGUCUUUCUUCUGCUGUAAAUUAUACUGAUACUACAUUAGAGCCUGUAGUAACUGAAAAUUCAGUCAUACGGCAGAAGAUAAUAGAUUCACAGUUCAAAUGUUACGAGAGGAUGAACAGAGCUCCUCCAUACAAGAAAAAAGGUCUGUUCUGCAACCGAACAUGGGAUGGCUGGUUGUGCUGGGAUGACACACCUGCUGGAAGGCUCACUGCUCAGAAUUGUCCAGAUUAUUUUCCAGACUUCGAUCCAACUGAGAGGGCCUCAAAAUAUUGUGAUGAAACUGGAAAUUGGUUCCGCCAUCCUGAGAGCAACCGAACUUGGUCCAACUACACCCUGUGCAACUCUUUCACCUCUGAAAAAUUGAAGAUGGCGUUCAUACUUUACUAUAUGGCAAUCGUUGGUCACGCUUUGUCUAUAACAUCCCUGUUGAUUUCCUUGGCAAUUUUCUUCUAUUUCAAGAGCCUCAGCUGUCAAAGGAUAACACUGCAUAAGAAUUUGUUCUUUUCCUAUGUGCUGAACUCCAUGUUUACAAUUGCCCACCUCAUUGCUGUCGUUCCUAACCCAGGCCUUGUAAAAAGGGACCCUGUAAGCUGCAAAGUGCUGCAAUUCUUUCAUCAGUACAUGCUGGGCUGCAACUACUUCUGGAUGCUCUGUGAAGGCAUUUAUCUCCACACGCUGAUCGUGGUGGCAGUGUUUGCUGAAGAACAGCGUUUGCACUGGUAUUACCUCUUGGGCUGGGGGUUCCCUUUAGUGCCAGCAUCCAUUCAUGCAGUUGCAAGAGCCAGAUACUUCAAUGACAACUGCUGGAUGAGUGUUGACACACACUUGCUUUAUAUUGUUCAUGGACCUGUAAUGGCAGCUUUAUUGGUCAAUUUUUUCUUUUUGCUGAACAUUGUCCGAGUUUUGGUGACAAAGCUGAGAGAUACCCACCGUGCUGAGUCCAACAUGUAUAUGAAAGCUGUCAGAGCUACUUUAAUCCUGGUGCCCUUACUGGGAAUUCAGUUUGUUAUUAUUCCCUGGAGACCAGAAAACCGACUUGCUGGAGAAAUAUAUGAUUACAUCAUGCACAUACUAAUGCAUUACCAGGGCUUACUUGUGGCUACCAUAUUCUGCUUCUUCAAUGGUGAGGUCCAAGGAGCUCUGAAGAGGCAGUGGGCACAGUACAAAACGCAGUGGGGCCAGAGGCGCCGGGAGCACUGUUCCACGCGAUCUACCUCCUACACGGCCACGUCCAUCACUGAGGUCCCUGUGUACCUGUACCACCACGAUGCCAACAAUGAACACUUAAAUGGGAGAUAUGCAGAGGACUCUGAACUUGUUGCAUUAAAAUCUGGAGACACGUCUGCCUAGCUCAGCACCAGCCACUGCAAACACAUUGUUUCAUGUUCUGCUUGUGAGAAAACUGGGGAGAAGGGUGGGAGUGUGGAAAUCCAAGAUGCUGUGUCAGAGUGCAGGCCCAGGCAGAAGGACACAUCCUAUUCAAACUACAUCAACCUCUGACAGCAAUGAUGUUGAGGGAGUGUGAUGCACACCUGGAAUAGCAUUUCUCCCUGUGCAUUGCAGAAGGGAGUGAACAUGGACCUGCCCACCAGGCUCUGUAAUCUCCACAUCUCCUGAUACCUGUAUGAAGUGACCAUCUGACAUUUGUAACAGCCCCAGGUAGCCAAUAGCAAAUAGGAAAGAAAGAACCAGUAUGUGGAAAUUGGAAACUUUCAGCACUUUUUGCUUUUGGUAAUUUUCAUUAACACUAGAUUUUAAACCAUCAACUUUCACUAAGUGUAACUGAAUUUGAGUCAUUCAUUUUUCCCUUUAAAUGAGCUUGAUGGCUGCUUAAAAGAUUUUGCACAUUGCAAGAAAAAUCAACCAUAUGAACAACAGAAAGACAUUCCAAAGUAUUGAAAUCUUGAUGCUUUCCAAAGAAUGCCACAAAAUAAUAACUACCCCAAAGGAUACCCCAAAAUAUUAUCCUCCCUUUAGCAGGGGCAUAAAGCAAAUUAAGGUGAAAGAGUCAUUGCAUACCAAGAUCUCAAACACCCUCAGAGAUACAAAUCAAUUCUUCAGGCUUAAUGACACAAGUCCUGAAGGCAUCUCAGAAUAGAUUUUGUUUAACAUACUGGUAGCUCAAGAAUAUUUAUUUAUAGGAAAAAUUGUCCCCCUAUUACUCUAGCCAGAAACAUAUCAUUAAGACACAAUUCUCUCACUCUGAAUAAACUGUGAAAUUAGUUUGGGAACUAUGUUUUAUUUAACAGGCAUUCUGAGUUGAGUGCUAGAUGAAUGCUUGUCUCUGUAAUAAAUUUGUGAUCAUGGCUGAAAAUGUUCCCAUGAAAGAAAUCAGGAAUCAAUACCUUAGCACGGGAAACAUCCACUUUUAGAUCUGGUUGCUCUCCUGAGUUGCUAAUCAUGACAUAGUUUUGCCAAAAAACUUUAUGAUCUAUUUCUACUUCUAUUGAAAUUAGCACACAAAUCCCUGUUAACUUGGAUGAGCAAUGAACAGCUCUCUUCAGUGUUCAGGAAUGAGUUACGCAAUAGAGUUCAGUGUAGGCUUCAAAAACAUGAGGCCAUUUCCUCCACAGUGAUUUGAAACCAUUUUUAAAUGUUGUAUCCAGCCAGGCUGAUUUUCCUUCCCUGACACAACCAGACUCAAAGCUUUACCCUCAAUUUGUAGAUUUUAAAUGGAGAAAAAAUGUACAUGUCUAGCUACAUGAGUCACCACCUCACUGGAAAAGUCCCCUCCAGGAGUGAGUUCAUGAGGCAGAGCUGUAAAGCCAGCACUGUGAAAAGGGACCAGAUUCACCCUGUCCAUACAUGAGGCAAUGCCUUGCAGGGAGGGAGGCUGCUCUGUUUUCACCACCAGCACACCCACCAGCUGUGCACCAUGGCACAUUGUCCCCAGAAUGAGGAGGAAGCUGCCGGCUCUGCCACUGUAGAACAAAGGAGGAGCUGGGGAACAAGAAGGAGCUGUCUGCUGGCGGCGCAGAUCAUCACAUGGUCAGUCCAGUGGAACGCUCACAAGAAAACACCAUCGUGUGUGUUUGUUCAAGCCACAUACCUAUUUUUCAGACUUCAAGGAAUACAAAGACAGUUAUUUUUUCAAACAACAGUAUUUCUCAUAUUGCUGUUUCUACUUUCACCAGUGAACAAUACAAAAUAGAGGAGCCAGUUGUUAAAGACAAUAAAGUGGCUCUGCUAUGAAUCUGUAUUAUUUUGGAUAGCUUUGGGGCGCACUGCACUUCCCAGGAGGGCUGCAAGAAGGCAUUCCUGCUUUCUAAAGACACAAAUAAGCUGAUUGUAAAAGAAAUGUGCAUAAUAUAGAGAGUUUAAUAAUGAACAUGUCAGUUUUAAUAAUGUAAAGUUUACAACAUGUAAGUGCAAGUUGUUCCACAGUCAGCUAUGUUCAUGUAGAUGUACAAAAUGGAAAUGCUUUACCAUUAUACUGAUUGUUUUCUUUCUUCUAUAAUGAUAUUUUCUUGCUCUGUUUAGUAGAGUGCUCUGAAAAGUCACAUUCAGAAUCUGAGGUUUAGGAUAUUGUUUGCAGCUUCGGUGUGCUUGUGUCAGUCUUUAUGGAAGUUUUGGUUUCAGUCAAGGGAUGAUGAUUUCACAAAAAAAUUGGUAAAACAUACACACUGACUUUAGGGCUGUCAUCACACUUGGGUUUUGUAGGAAAGGCUGAGUUUUAAAGGUACUUACUGAGUAAUUUCUAAUCAAAAUAUUUUCCAAUGGGAAAUGCUAUUUUUCUUCAUCUCAACAUGGUUUGAAAUGCCAUAAUUGCACACAUAAGGUACAUUUUAUUCUCUGCUUUAUAAAUAGCACCAUACACUAGUGACAGUAAUAUUGAGAAUGCUGAUACAACCUCAAUAAUUCCAAUUAUGACAAUAGGCUGAUUUGACUCAAAUAGAUUUCACAAGAACAGCAGAAACAUAUAAUUAAUGUAUCAGUGUAUCAAAAAGUAUGGAAGGAGCUGACACUUGAAUCAGUGGAUUCAAGGUGUAUUUUAAGAGGAAAGCAACCUUACAUUUAUCACCUCUGCAGUACCUGCUUCCUCUCAAACACCACACCCAACACAUGAAAACCCAGUUUAGUGAGCAUUUGCUCUUGCAGAAGGUUUUGUGUGGUUGCUCUGAGCAACCAAAUCUAUCAGGAAGAUAGAUUUAGAUGGAUGCUGGUUGUAAUGCUUUAUGAGAUACAGAAACACAGCACAAAUUAAAAUAUUUGUUGUGGCAUGGGAUGUUGAAAGUAAGACUUGAUUUUUAUUUUAUUUACUUAAUAAAUAUAUUUUAUCUGAAAUAAAAGAGCAACAAAAGUACAA